GACAGAGAUGAAUAAGGGAAGAAAUUCAAAAACUUAAAAAAGAAAAAAAAGAAAAAGAAAAAAAGAAAAAGAAAGGAAAGGAAAUGAAUGUGGUAGUUUGCAUUGUACUGUUACUUCCCUUCCCUUUCUACUACUGUCUGUGGAAUUACCCACAAUCAUGGGUAGAUUUGUGUGGAAAGGACACAGACCCAUGUCAUAGAAUGGCCCAGAUUUCUCAUAUAAUCAAAAUCUUGCAGAUUCUGGCCCUCUUCUCUGUGGCCCACCUCUCCUGGCCCCCUUGGUACUUUUGGGUUCUUUUCACUUUUGGCCAAUACCUCAAUUUCAAGGUGUAUCAGUUACUCGGGGAGUUGGGCACUUACUACGGCAUACGCUUUGGAAAGAAUAUUCCUUGGGUAUACGAAUUUCCUUUUGGAUACAUUAAGGACCCACAAUAUGUAGGAAGCAUUCUGAGUCUUGUUGCAUGCUUGUGUUGGGUCCCAUUUCAAUACAUACUUCUAUGGGUACUCGGCUAUGUGUUCAUGAUGGUGAUCGAGUCCAAGGAAAAUCCAGACACUCGUGCUAAGCCACAAUGUUGAACAACCUCUUCAAUGAUAUUGGUGGAGGCUUUUUGAGAACUAACACUUCCUUUAACAGGCGGUAGAGUUACAUGUUCGGAGAUGACUGUUUCUUUUGUGUUGUGUAAUAGGUUAUUACAAUUGUUGCGAUGAUGGUAAAUCUGAAUUUUGAUUCUGACUUGGCAUUUCUGCCUCCUUUGAUGGCUUAGGGUGCUUUUGCUAAUGGCUAUUUCAGUAGCAGAGAAUAAUGUUUUUUUUGGUAUUUCUACUCUUACUCGGAUUAAAAAAAGAAAAAAGAAAAAAGGUUUAUUGGGUCUCUCA